AUGUCCGGUAGAGGAGUAACCAUAGAUCUAUCAAAAAACAAAAAGGAAAAUUGUGGAGAAACUACUACAUAUCAAGCAAGUACUUCUGCCGGAGGUAAGACUGUUAAAAUUACAGUCAAAAGAACUAUUGAACCUAAAGGAUCACACUUUUACAGGUAUACUCAUUCUCCGCACGGAGGGAGAGCAUUCACACUAAAGGAAAUCCAAGAUAAUAACAAGAGAAUAGAGGGAAUUCAGGAAUCUAAAGAUGGUAAAGAUGUGUAUUCGGUUUCUGCUUAUUACUGGAAACAUGAUAAUACUGGUGGUGGUCAGACGCCUGGUAAGGUUCUCUUGAUAGGGGUUAGUACUAGCGCUAGAACUACCUAUUAUGUCAGGAGUAGUGGUAAUAGGUGGACUGAAUAUAAACUAGAUGAAGAAGACCUCGAGCAUGAACUAGAUGAAUUCGUUUGUAAAUACCACAACGGAGUUACCAUUGACCUAACUCGUGAUAAACAUAGGCCUGGAGAAAGUUAUUGCUGUGACAAGCAUGCAGACAAGGAAGGUAAGGAUGGUGAGGCUAAGGUCUCCGUUACUUCUGUACCAGUUUCUUGCAAAACACAUUCUGGUUCAAGUCACCUUACAGUCAAAAAACACACCAUUACCAGUCCUAACUUGAGGCUUGCAGGCAUUAAGUAUAAUGAGAAUAGUGAUCUUGCUCCAAAGAAUAGAAGACGUAUAAAACUUACUAAACAAUCAUUUCCUAUCACUGAUGUGGAUUCAGUCCACGUUUUCUACUGUCAAGAACAGAACCCAUUAUUGAUAUAUAUACAUCCUACCACAGGGUCUUCAGCUAAAGGAUGGUAUAAGAAGAAAGAAGGUAGUAAUGAUAGUGGCAAUGAAGAGUGGGAAGAAACCUUGGCAGGACUCCGAAAUACAGCACCGGAGAAAAUUACUGAUUGUACCAGCUGGAAUGCACUUGUGACGGAACUAAAGAAGGCAGGUGGAUAUAAUGACUUGCAAGAAUGCCCUGGACCUAAACCUCCACCACCUCCUGAACAACAAGAAUCUGGUACUACUUCUCCUACUGCUCAUGGUCAUCAAGCUGAACGUCAUGGAACUUCUCAACCCUCUUCUAACAAACCUCCUUUGAACACAAUUCUUGGUGUCUUAAGUGGUACUGCUGUUGUAUCAGGAUCUCUUACUGGACUUGGUUGGUGGGCAUUUAAACGUUCUAGAGGAGAUCCUUGGGUUAGACAGAUUUAG